CCAGCGCGGCCGCACCGCAUGCGGCGGGGACUGCAGGGCCUUCCGCGGGCACCGGGCAGGGCCGGGCCGGGCCGCGGGGCUACGCCACAGCCCGCCCUAAGGCCGGGCCGGGCUCAGCCCUGAGCAGAUGGCGCUGCCAGGGCCUGCCCGCCGGUCGUUCGGCCCGACGCCCGCAGCCCCCCCGCGGCCGCCCGCGGCGGUGCAGUCGGGGCCGAGGGCGAGCUCUGCCUCCCCGUAGGCGGGAGUGGAGGCGGAGCGGCACAGGGAGGCAGCGGCCGCCUCGCUCCCCGCGAGCAGCCGGGGCCGGGCCGGGGCCGCGGGUGUGAGGCGGCCCCGCCAGGCCUGCCUGCCUGCCUGCCGCCGGCCCCGCUCCUCAGGAACCGGCGAGCGGCCUCUGCGGCGAGCGGGGCCGGGCGGCGGGGCGCUGCCAGCCGGGCCAUGCCGUGUCAGACGCUGCUCCUCUCCCUCCUCCUUCUCUUCCUCCUCCUCCUCCUCGGCUCGCUCCGGAUCUCGGGCGCAGAAUCUUCUCCACAUUUACCGGCACCAAAGGACGUGAUGAUUUAUUCCUAUAACUUUCAUAGUUUGCUGAGGUGGUCUCCUGUUAAAGUGGAUAGAGGCUUGGUGUUAUAUACGGUCCAUUUUAAAACAGGGGCCUUUAACCAGUGGGAUGAGAUGAACUGCACUCGUAUCACCCAGACUGAAUGCAGUUUCCCCUGGUCACUUAAGGAGCGGCGCUGGACUGUUGUUUUGCGGGUGAGGGCUGAGCUAGGGCAAGUGACUUCUGACUGGGUGCAAACAGAUCCAUUUGUGGCAGAGAGAAACACUACUAUAGGGCCCCCUAAAGUGAACAGCGUGAUUGUAAGCUCUGACUCACUUCUCAUUAGUGUCACACCCCCUUUUGGAUCUGAAGCAGGUGACUUCCUUCGGUAUCAUGUGUCCUACUGGGAGAACGCAACAAGUACUACUAAGAAAGAGACACAGAUGAGCAAUACACUGUUCAAAAUCAGAAAUCUAAAGGAAUUGACACUUUAUUGUUUUAGUAUUCAAGUAGAAUUGACGACGUAUUCAGAUCUCCAGUUACUUGGACUGCAAAGUGACCCAGAGUGCUACAGAACAACAAUUAGUGAGGCAACCAGAGCUGGAUAUAUUGUACUAAUAUUUGUGUUGGUGUUACUUUUUGUAAAUCUGGUAGCAGUUGGUUUGUUUCUUCUGUGGAGACACCACAAAACAAUUAAAUAUUGGUCUCGGCCACCUUUAGAAAUCCCAGCACACUUUGAAGAGUAUUUGAGGGACCCUAGCAUGCCUGGUUUAGAGGUGUUGGACAACUAUGCUGAGGAUGAUCCCCAUGAUUCCUUAUCUGUUGUACUUUGUGGAGAAGGAAACCAAGCCUGUGGCAGCAGUUUGGAUGGUCAAGCUCAUUCAUGCAGCGUCUCCAGUGCCAGUGACAUAACUUAAGUGAUGCCCUAGUGAGAACGCCUGUACAGAGUCAUUGCAGAGGCUCCUGCCCACAAGCAGUGCUGCGUGGCUGCUGGCAGGACAGACAGCCAGCUCUGGACAAAAUGCAGCUGCUGACAAAUCCUGAGCAAGAUGUUGCUUCCUGAGAAUAGCGUGGACCCUGAGCCUUUCGUUAAAUGGCUUCCACUGUGCUACAACAGCAACUGUGUUCUGCCAAAGAGACUGAACGGGUGGAACGUGAAAGGGAAAUGAACACUAAAUUGCCUUAAGACAGACAGAUGGUUAUAAAAUUGUUACAUUAGCAUCAUCGUAUUUCCCACCCUAAAUUGAAAUAAAGCUUUGAGAAGUAAUGGCACUUUACAGUAGGAUGUAGUAUAACCUGGAAUUUUUUGUUGAGUGAAUAAUUGAACCAUGAAUUACUCUUAUAGUGCUUUUGUUUUGUUGCCUAUUUGUGAAGGCUGUGUUAGCAUUCAAUGUGUAUUAUAUCCACCCCAGUACGCUUUUCUGAAUCAUUUGAAGUACAUGCAGUCUUCUGGGGCAGCUUCUUCCCUCAAGAUAAAAAUGGCAAUCUAACAAGAAAUUUACUUUCCUCAGCAUGUACCUAAUGCAAAGAACUCCUCCAAGAAGGGCCUCCUACUAUCUGCCUCCUGCCACAUUCAUGAGAAGCAUUAAUCUUUUGCAGUGAGACAAGCAUUGUUCACAGCAAAAGAAACUUUAAAAUAAUUUUGCUCAAAAUUUAUAUAACAUUUAUUGGUAACUAUCAGACACUAAAAUUUCUUGUUGACUAUCAAUCAGAUUAGUCCUGCACAUGAAAAGUUGACUGAGGGUUGUGGUUUGAGUCCCUUAAAGCAGAAGACUACACCUUAAGCCUCACAUCACAAUCCUGGGAGGUCUGGAAGGCAUCUAAUAAAACACAAUGAACAAAUGAACCACUUCUGUACUAAAAGACUGGUUUUAUUUGUUUGAUGUUUUUCCUGGGUUUGAUACAAGUUGUUUAAAAAAAAAUAAAUAUGCUUCUUUAUUUGCAAA